AUGGAUAUCAUUUUAACAAUACUGAGAGUGUCCGAAUACUUACAGCUUGAAACUGGAGUGACAAAGAAAGGAGGUCUCUUCUAUUUUGUAGUAAAAAGGAUGUCUACAGGAACAGAGCUUUUCAACACUUCAGUCGGUGGGCUUAUAUUCUCCGAUAAAUUCAUACAAGUGGUCACGAAGCUGCCUUCACAAAACAUGUAUGGGUUGGGGGAACACGUUCAUCCAAAUUUAAAGCAUGAAUUCUCCUCAUAUCGAACAUGGCCAAUGUAUGCAAGAGACGAGUUUCCCAACGCUAGAAAUUUGGACACAAAAAAUCUUUACGGUAACGACCUCUGCUGCAACAUUUCCACUCGAUUAUUUUGA